GAUUCAAACUCGCAUUUUGUUGGGGAUAUCGAAACAAGUGUCAGUGAUGAAAUGGCGUUAAAAUACAGCGUAGAUCUGUGGGCAACAGAUCCCAAGGAGUUAUUACGAAUUCCAGUUGCUGUUGUGAAGCCUUUCUCUGAAGUAGAAUUAACUCUUUCUUAUUCAACAUACGCAUCUGCAACUGUUCAAGGAUAUGUUGGCGGAAAAUCAAAGAUACGCACCGGCUAUGCAUCGCAAGGCAACUACGUGAUUUCGCAACAGUUUAAUAGUGGUGCAAACAUCGAUGGCGGCAUUUCCGCAUACCACUGGAAUGCUACUGCCGGGGAUCCUACCAACAUCAAUACAAAAUAUCGUGUCAAUCUGACUGUCGACAUCCAACAGAAGAUUUUGUUCAGUGCUUCUCUAUCCUGGCACAAGAAAGACAUAACUAUAGACUUGGCACCGCCAAUGGAUAUUAUGUUAAAACCAUCUGUACAUGUGUUAUCUAAGGUUAAAGGUUUCAGUCAAUGUGUGGACAGUAACGUGAAAGUGAGCGGACAUUUCCAUGUGUCUAAAGCUGAACUCGAGGUUGAAGCGUUUGGAGUUACAAUAUGGUAA